GGAUCCGCGAUGUCUGUUGACAGCGGAGGCGGCGGCGGCGCGGCCGGUUCCGGGUUCGGCGCGGGGCGGGGGAUGUGAAUCCGAUGGAUCAGCCCGGGGAAGCCGAGCGGCCGCCGCAGCAGCAGCCGUGGGGGAGGCUCGUCCGCUUGGGCGCCGGAGAGGGCGAGCCGCACGUCCUCCUGAGGAGACGGGAGUGGACCAUCGGGCGGAGGCGAGGUUGUGACCUUUCAUUCCCCGGCAAUAAACUGGUCUCUGGAGAUCACUGUAAAAUUAUAGUGGAUGAAAAAUCUGGUCAGGUGUCGCUGGAAGAUACCAGCACCAACGGAACAGUAAUUAACAAGCUGAAGGUUGUUAAGAAGCAGACUUGCCCUUUGCAGACGGGGGAUGUCAUCUACUUGGUGUACAGGAAGAAUGAGCCAGAACACAAUGUGGCAUACCUCUAUGAAUCUUUAAAUGAGAAGCAAGGCAUCACACAAGACUCCUUUGAAGCUAAUAAAGAGAAUGUGUUCCACGUGACCAAAGAUACCUCAGGUGCAGGGCGAGGUGACGACCCGCAGGUCCUGCUGUCAUCGCCCACCACUCGGGCGUGCUUUGAGGAACCACAGCCAUCGACGUCGACAUCGGACCUCUUCCCCACGGCUUCUACCUCUUGCAUGGAGCCCACCUCUGCAGGGCAAGCGCCUUCCUCCAGCUCUGGCUCCAGAGAUGCAGGCAUUUCCCCGAAAGAGUGUGGUCCAUCUGUGGCAGGUGAUGAAAUCCCUACCUUUCCUUCUGCUCUCCCAGACAGAGAGGGAGCAUCCUUUUCUAUGUCAGAAUCCCGGGAUCAGGAGGAUUUGGAGCCCAUCAGGAAGAGAAUGAAAGGAGAUGGGGAGCCUGACCUGACCCUGCAGUUGCUGGUUGCAGACCAGUGUGGAGACACCCACAGCACCCUUGGGAAUGUCAGGUCCGAGGCCGUGAAACCAGACAAGAUGGAGGAGACGCUCACGUGCAUCAUCUGCCAGGACCUGCUGCAUGACUGUGUGAGCCUGCAGCCCUGCAUGCACACCUUCUGUGCAGCCUGCUACUCAGGCUGGAUGGAGCGCUCCACCUUGUGCCCCACCUGCCGCUGUCCAGUCGAGAGGAUCUGUAAAAACCACAUCCUGAACAACCUGGUGGAGGCCUACCUUCUCCAGCACCCAGACAAGAGUCGCAGCGAGGAAGAUGUGCGGAGCAUGGCUGCCAGGAAUAAGAUCACUCAAGACAUGCUGCAGCCCAAAGUCAGGAGGUCUUUCUCUGACGAGGAGGGCAGUUCAGAGGACCUGCUGGAGCUGUCAGAUGUGGACAGCGAAUCCUCGGACGUUAGCCAGCCGUACAUAGUAUGCAGACAGUGCCCCGAGUACCGGAGGCAGGCGGGGCAGUCCCUCCCCUGCCCAGGGCCUGGCAGCGAGCCAGGGUCAGCACCGGCUCCUGGGGAGGCACCGUCCACAUCCACCAGUGUCACGACAGCCCAGGAUUAUGUGUGUGCCCUGCAAGGCAGCCAUGCCAUAUGCACCUGCUGCUUCCAGCCCAUGCCAGACCGGAGAGCAGAACGUGAGCAGGACCCCCGCAUCGCCCCCCAGCAGUGUGCUGUGUGCCUGCAGCCUUUCUGCCAUCUGUACUGGGGCUGUGCCCGGCCCGGCUGCCUCGGCUGUCUGGCCCCGUUCUGUGAGCUAGACCUGGGCGACAGGUGUCUGGACGGGGUUCUGAGCAACAACCACUACGAGUCGGAUGUCCUCAAGAAUUACCUGGCAACCAGGGGUUUGACGUGGAAAAAUAUGUUGACUGAAAGUCUGGUGGCUCUGCAGAGGGGAGCGUUUUUACUGUCUGGAAAUUCAAUCAUAUCUGUGAACAGACAAGGUUCAAGAACUAAGCAUCUAGGAGGCGCCAGGUGCUUGGGCGGUAUUGGAGAAAAAGAAAAAAUCAGAUGUCCAGAACUGCUAACCCUAGACACCCAGCGUCAAGUGCGUGGCCCUGUCCUAAGAGGGCAGAAGUUGGGGUGCCACCACCCUAAGCCUGCUGUGGAGCAAAGCGUUGGUGCAUGCUUCUCGCUCUGUCAGCUCAGCUGCAAGCCCCGCUGAGCUGCCCCACGAUCUUCAUUUCUUCCUGCUGGGCCAGGUCAGCCCUGGUGGUGCCCCCGCCCACCUGGAGCAACCCUUCCUCGAAAGUACGAGAACCCUUUGCUCCCACUAGGCCUGUCCUGCGUUGGGUUUGCCAUGUCUUCUGGAAUAAUACUUGAAAUUUUGUUCGUUAAAAAAAAAGUUUUUUACCUUUUGUUGAAAUCAUAUGUUAUUUUUGUUUGCAAAAUUGUAACCUUUUGCUUCUUCUCAGGAAUAGGAUUUUCAACUAUUGUCUUGCUCUUGAUACAGACUCUGAGAAGCAGAGCUCUGUUUGUGGAAGAGGCCUCCUCCUCCCUGCAUUCUAAUAAACAAGCCGUGUCUGUCUCUCUCCUCUCCACA